GGACAUUAUGUGUUUCCUGUCUGUACUGAAUAUGUGUGUGCUUAUGUGGAAAUCUGUGUGAAGUACACUAUCUUAGCCUGAGUGUGUUUAUGUGCAAGGGAGGGCGAGAGAGAUAGAAAUCAACAAAGACAGCCAAAGAGAAGGGGGAGAGAGGGAGAGAUCGGCAGAGACUGGGAAAGCAUCAGAGAGUGAAAUGAAACAAGAGUGUGAUCAGAGGAGGCAGAGGAGCGGACAGACAAAUCCCUCUCAUUUUGGAUCUGAUGAGACGAGACAGUGAAGCCACUGAGGAUAGACAGAAAAGGAGUUUGAGGCCAGUCGGCUGUCUGUUGAACGUCUCUGUCAUGGACCUGCUGCCGGCGUUAGCAUCCACAGUGUUAACCUCCGCAGUCAGCCUGCUGAGGGAGAGCGCUGCUGUUCAGAGCAUCAACAGGAGGCUCAGCAGGAGAACGAUGUCGUCUCCAGAGAUGUGCUGGCCAGUGCCGAUGCGAGCCAUCGGGGCUCAGAACCUCCUCACCAUGCCAGGAGGAGUUUCCACGUCAGGAUACCUCCACAAGAAGGGAGGCAGCCAGUUCAGCCUCAUGAAAUGGCCGCUGAGGUACAUCAUCAUCCACAAGGGCUGUGUGUACUACUUUAAGAGCAGUACCUCUCCUGCACCACAGGGGGCGUUCUCUCUUAAUGGCUACAACAGAGUGAUGAGAGCAGCAGAGGAGACAACGUCUAGUAACGUGUUUCCUUUCAAGAUCGUCCACUUCAGUAAGAAACACAGGACGUGGUUUUUCUCGGCAGCCAGCGAGGACGAGAGGAGGAAAUGGAUGCGAUACCUGCGGAGAGAGAUUGAUCACUAUAACGACAGAAAAGACUCCCACAUUCCAAGUGACUCGGAUUCAGAUGCAGACAGUUUCUACGGCACCAUUGAGAGGCCCAUGGAAAUUAAACACCCUGUUGAUAACGCAGAUGAUGAUUAUGUAGAAGAUGAUGAUGAUGAUGAUGAGGAAGACUACCUGAAGCCAGACGGAGAUUGUUCACCGACAUCUACAGGUCGACCCACCGGGCCGCCCCCCUCCUACCCUCCUCCCCCAGUGCCGUUCCAGCUCCGUCAAGACUCCGCUCCGGCUUUCCACAAAGGCCCGCCUCCUCCCGUCCCACCGCUACACAGAAUCCAAACCAGCCCGCUCCCCAAAAAACCCCCACCCUCUGUACCUCCUCCCUCCAUACUGAAGGACCCCCACAAAGGCCCGCCUCCUCCUCUCCCCUUUGCCCCCCACCUGUCCAAGUCCAUGUCUGUGUCUCCCAGUCCUCCACCUCCUCCUCCCCCCAACGCAAAAAGAACUCUUCAGAGUAGGGUGGCGUCCGUGGGGGGGCCUGGGAAUGACAAGAGAGACUGGAGGCCUCUGCCAGCCAUGUCUGUCCAAUCCCCCGCCACUCUGCCUAUCUGCGACCAAUUAGAGACCAGGAUGGUCCUAAAUGGUCCCUCCCACUCUGCCCUUAAUGUUGGAGUGAGCAAAUCGUUGGGCAACAACCACCAGGUGGUGAUGAGUAACCAUCGCAGCAAGCCGAGCCUACCUCCCCAUUCCAUUACUGGAGGGUCCAACCUCAGACCUAUGACAUCAGACUCCCUGUCCCCCAACCAGAAGCCCUCCAGUCACCCACCGUUGCCUGGCCACGCUUCGCUCUCUCCUGUACUUAAAGCUGGACUACACAAUAAGCCAGCGAUACCCAAACCUCCUCCGCCAACAGUCAAACCCCCGCUGCUUACAGCCAAGUCCAAGCAGCCAGGAACCCCACUUCAAGCAUCUCCAGACGGCCAGAGCUUCCGUUCACUGGGAGAAGAGACGCCGGCAGACUUCAGGAGGAAACGAGACCCGGCCAAACACAGCGGAGGAGAUGAGUCCGAUGACGACUAUGAGAACGUGCAGCUGCCAGACUCUGUGUUCAUUGAUACAACUGAAACCAGCUUCGUAGAAAAACUGUUCAAAGAGAGCGCCAGCCCUCCUCAGGACGGACUGUACGGCAUCAGAAACUCAGGAACCAAGACAUCAAAGGUGCUGGUGGUGUGGGAUGUCAGUAUCGGCAAAGCCAGAAACUACAGACUAUUUCAAGAGAACGACACCGUGUUCCUGGACAAUGAAAUCACCUUCCCGUCUCUGUCAGCUGUGAUUGAACACUACUACAGCCAUCCUCUUCCUCACCACGGCUCGCUCUGCCUGCAGAAGCCCUACACAAAGACAGUGAGCAUCUGACAAAUGGGCAACUCACAGAAUACAACUGAAACUCAAGAAGAGUGGAGAGUCAGGGCGUCUCUGCAGGUGAAAUCCAUCCCCGUCGACGCACGUGGAGAUAAACUCACUCAGAUGGAUUGAAAAACUGUUACGUUAUAAGAAGAGAUCAUACCUCUCAUCGUUCAGUGGAAGACAGGUCGUUAUUCAACCAGUGUUGCAGCAAAAUGCACCAUAAGGCUUCAUGUGAGACAAUAAGGACAGUAACUCUGACUGUGAGGACACCAGGUAUUAUGAGGAGAAAAAAUAUCAGCAAUCACCAGUUAAUGGAACAUUAUUUAACUUAUUUUAAGACAAACUAGACUCUUAUCUUAACAAAGCAAGCCAUGCCUAUCCUCUUCUGUGCACAGAAAACAUAGGUCACUGUAAAUACACCUUAGUUAUUAAGGGAAUAUUUUAGUUAUAACAUAGAUAAACUCAUUUUAAAAACACAGCAAACUCUCUAAUCGAACAGAAAUCUGGAUUUAGUGGAUGCCUGCUCUGUUUUUGAAACAUUCCUGCUGCUUUAUGCAAACUAUAGAGAUUCGCUGUGAAGCACAAUCCAAGAGUCAGUGUGGCAUAUUUUGUCCACAGAGGGGCACUGUUACACCAAAUGAGAAAUAUUCAAUCCAGCUUCAUGUGGGGAUCCUGGGAAUCUGUCUCUGUCACCUGUGUUUUCUUUGGGUCUGUCCCAAUGCCUGGUUUGUGUGAUGUAUUUUCAACUGCCAAAAGGAGGGACUUAAGGGACAGUUCACCCCAAAAUGAAAAAUACAUAUUUUGCCUGUUACCUGUAGUGCUAUUUAUCAGUCAAGAUUGUUUUGGUGUGAGUUGCCGAAUGUUCGAGAUAUAAGCUGUAGAGAUGUCUGCCUUCUCUGGAAUAUAGUGGAACUAGAUGGCACUCAGCUUGUUGUGCUCAAAGUGCCAAAAAGAUACAUUUUACAAAACUCAACAGCAAUGUCUCUGUCAAGAAAUCAUGACCUGGUUAUUCAAGAUAAUCCACACACCUUGUUGUGAGCACCGUAUCACCACGCAUGGACGAAAGGCGCAUUAAUUGCAAUAGCUGUAAUGUUAGCUAGCACAGUGGUGCUUGGUGAGCUGACAGCUUUCUUCAGUGAUACAGUGUGGGUAUUGGGAGAGACCCAUUGUCCCUUUUCUUCCAUCAUGUGCCCCAAUACGAUUCGAACCUGACCAGAUAAGGACAAAAUCACCGUCACCCCAAAACAGACACCGUUACACUGAACCUCAAGUGUUAAAGUCAUGAAUGAAAGAGCAGCAAUGUCUUCAGUCUUUUGACAGGCAACAUCUCACUCAUUUAGUGUGCAGGACACACGCACGUCUGUCUUCUGUCCAAAAAGUGUUAUUUUGAUUUUAUGCCUCCCAGCUACUUGUAACACUUGGAAAUGUACUUUUUCUUGCAUGUCCUUGGGGGGUAGAAAACAUCUCACUUAUUAGCAAGAAAUGAAAACCAGGAGCAAAAUGUCAGACUGAACAUGAUGAAAUGUUACCUGAAUUUUAUUUGUGCUCAGCUGCGACAAUGUUGUCAUUCUGAAAAUACAGUUUGUACAGCACUGACUUUAAUGCUGAAAAUCACUCUAUAUUUAUAUGUAAAUGCUGUAUGUACUGUAAAAAAAAAAACAUGCCUGUAAAUAUGUAAAUACAUUGUUUUCUACAGAAGUAUAUGUUGAGAAUGUAUAAAGGAUUAACCAGA